GAUCAUACAUCAUCAUCAUUGUCUGAGCGCGCUUUCUCUGAUUGGAGGUUUGAGAUGAUCCGUUGUUUCUCCAUCUAGGAGAUGUUAAUCAACUAAUAAUAUAUUAUAUAUCCUCAAUGUUCUCUUCGAUACGCAUUCAUUCACGCAAUGUUACGUUGUGUCUGAGAAAAUAUCACGCCUCUUCGAGGUGAGUUGGGUGUUCGUAUGGAAUUUCUUUUCUUGAUCGUAUGGAAUAUCAUUUUUGGUACUUGGUUACCAAAAAAAGGAAAAAGAUCAGAUAUGUACUUGUUGCUCUCUCUUCUAUUCUGUUUUUCUGGAGCAUCUGUUUUAGUUUUGAAUUCUAGGGUUCGUACCCAGAUUUAUCAUUUAUGUAUUUAUGUGGCAAUACCAUGGAGGCUUGUUGAUGUUUUGUUAUGAGUAUGACCCACAAUCUUUUACUUGUUUGGUCCUUUCAAUCCGAAGAACUGGAUGAGUUCUGUAAAUUCUAUUUGUCGUUGUUAGUCGCGGUGCUCGAAUUUAAACAUUGAAUCAUCCCCGCUUUUCCCAGUUUAGUUUGUUUGUCAGUUCUGCUAAAGAAAAUGUUUUGACCCAUUCGGCCCUUUAAGCUCUCUCUCUAUUUAACCUGGCUAGCAAGCCAUGACUGAAUCUUCAUUUUCAUUAAGCUUUGAUAUGAUACCAACUGAAUUCACGUCAAAUAUGUUGCUAUGCCUCUUAGUAAGUGGUUUAACACAGCACACCGGAGACAUGGGAUUUAUAGUGGCAUUGAGCAAUGAUUAGAGCGGACUGAAAAAGAAGAAUCAAGACUUGAUUUAGUCAAUGUCUGGGUUGCUGGAUUUGAUUGCUGAGUGCUUUGAAAAGAUGGAUCCGAAUUUGAUAUAGUGAGUUUUUUGGUGUUUUAUUUCCUGUGCCUAGUUGGGAUUAAGGAUCUGUUGAAUUGAGAUCUGGUUGAAUUUGAUUACACAGAUAUGGCUCUUCAGGGUAGCUCACAGUCUGAAUCUGGGCGACACGAACAGAUUAUUUCCCAAUUUCUAUUAAAGAGCUUACACAUUAUUUUGGAUUCAAGAAUUCCAUCUCUGAGUCGACAUGAUCUUAGCGGUGAGCUGACACCAGUUUCUCGGGUGAGAAAGAGCGACAAAUGGUUCAACUUAGUCCUAGGAGAGCGCCCUGCAUCUUUGGAGGAUUUGAACUUUUGGCACAGAAAUGUUAUGGAUCCAAUGAUAAUUGAUGUGAUACUUGUCCAUGAAGGACCUAGUUCAUCUGCAACUGAUGAUUUAUAUACGACUUCAGGAGUGGGAGUGCCUGUUGAGACAGUUAUAGAGAGGUGGGUUGUGCAAUAUGAGCCUUCAGGGACAGUGCCUCCUCAACAGGUAGAGGCUCCUGCCUCUUACAAGAAGAUGUAUCAGAAAGCGAUUGUCCUUCUGCGUUCCCUUUAUUCAAUAAUGAGGCUUCUGCCUGCUUAUCGGAUAUUUAAGCAGCUAAGUUCAUUGAAUCAGACGUACAACUUUGAUCUCAUUUACAAGGUUUCGUCAUUUGGUGAGCUGCUUUCAAGGGCAGAAGAGAAAGUCAUGAAACAAUACAGUUUUGCCCCUGUAGAGGCCCCUUCAGGUCGCCUUUCUAUAUCUUUGACAUAUCAACCAACUUUAUCUGGUUUUAACCUUGCACCUUCAACUCCAGUGCCACCAAAUAUAAUUACUGACUAUGUUGGAAGCCCUGCUGCUGACCCUCUGAAGGUCUUCCCUUGUACAGACAAGGGUAUACCGGCAACAUCAUUUUCAUUCAGAAGGAUACAUUCACCAACAUCUGUGCCAUUUCAACGUCCACAUAGCUGGAGCAGUGGUAUCCACAGAGUAGCUCCUUUUAAACAAAAUCAUCCCCUUUGUGGUUCACCCCCUGCUCAUCAUACUCCUCCUGUCCCUUGUCAUUCAUCUUCUCCCCCUGAUAUAUAUGGUUAUAGAAUUCAAGGUUAUAGGCCGCCUUCUCAUAAGAAGGGUAUUAGUUUUGAUGAACACCAGCUUUCUCCUCCUUUCCUACCAUCACCAUCCCCAUCACCCCCAACAUACUUCUCUAGUGGUAACCCUUUCCGGACUGCUCAAGGCACAGAAACUGCUCCUGUUAGUAUUCCACUGCCCAAUAUGGGCAGGAAUAGUCGAUAUACUAUUCCUAAUUCCUCUGAUCCAAAUAGACAUUCUCUUCCACCCAUGUCCCCUAGAAGCACAAGGCUUGAUCUUUCAUCUCAGGAGUCUCCAUCAUCAGGGAGCAGGUCUUUUCGAAAGACAGAUGCAUUAAGAUCUGGAGAGCUUUCUGGGUUUGCGCAACUUUAUUCGGGGCAGAAGAUCUUCAAGGACAGCAAAGAUGAUUCGGGGCGGUUCUCAGGAAUUGUUUCUUCCAGUGGUUCACCACGGGUUGGAUUUUCAAGGAGUUCAAGCAGGCUAUCCUUCCAGGAUGAUUUAGAUGAUUGUGACUUCUCAUAUCCCUUUGUUGUAGAUGAUGUUGACACAUCAGAUUCUCAAACAAGGACUCCUGAAGGGAAAGAAGCUUCAGAAUCUACUUCCCAAGCAUUUCCCUCGGCUAGAAAAUCUCAAGAUGCCGCUGUUGGGGUCCUUGUCCACAUGUUAAGAACUGCACCCCCACUGCGACAAGACUACAGUUGUUACUCAUCCCAGACUUCCAAGAGUGAAUUCGAGGGAGAGGUUGGUUCUGGAUCUGGAUUCUGUGUGCCUCGAAAGACAACAGAUGCACUGGAGGAGCUUAAGAGUUACAGAGAAAUGAAAGACUUGUUACUCUCUCAGAGUGGAACUCGGGUUAUAAAGAAGGAAGAAGCUAAACCAACUGCCUUUGUGGGGUAAAUAUCCGAUUCAUGAUAAAUGAUGUGCUCCUAACUGGGGAAGAGACUGAAGGGCUUAAUUCUUGACAUUUAUUUAGCACAACACUUUGCCAUGUCAUAGGAGUGUUAGAGCACAAAGCUUUGUAUAUACAUGACUGAAAGUUAACUGUAUCACAUUAUAGUGAAAUUGGGAGUUAAAUGAAAAUGUUUGGCUAAUUUUGUA